AUGCUGAAUCCACGCCGCGCCCUCAUUGCGGCGGCCUUCAUCCUUGCCGUCUUUUUCCUCCUCUCCCGAUCACACACGUCAACCUCGAGCGCCCCCAGCUCAUCCGAGCGCCACGAUGCACAGGCAGAGGCGGCCGCAGCAGCAGCCGCAGAAGCAGCCGCCAGCCAGCAGCGAGCGGUCCCGCCGCCUCCUCCGCAGAAGCCCAUGAUUGACAUGUCGGGCAUGUCAACGUACGAGAAGCUCGACUACGCGUACUCGUACGACAUCGAGUCCAAGUUCCCCGCCUACAUCUGGCAAACAUGGAAGCACACACCGGGCGAGGGCGAUUUCGAGUUCCGCGAGCAGGAGGCCUCGUGGUCAAUUGAGCACCCUGGCUUCAUCCACGAGGUCAUCACCGACUCUGUGGCCGCCACUCUGCUCCAGCUGCUGUACGGGAGCAUCCCCGAGGUACUGGAGACAUACCACGCCCUGCCAUUGCCCGUUCUCAAGGCCGACUUCUUCCGCUACUUGAUUCUGUACGCGCGCGGCGGCAUCUACUCUGACAUUGACACCUACGCCAUCAGGAGCGCUCUUGAGUGGAUUCCCCAGCAGAUUCCCAAGGAGACUGUUGGUUUGGUUAUCGGCAUCGAGGCGGACCCCGACCGCGCCGACUGGGCUGACUGGUACAGCCGUCGCAUCCAAUUCUGCCAAUGGACAAUCCAGGCCAAGCCCGGCCAUCCCGUGCUGCGCGACAUCAUCAGCCGAAUCACAAAUUCGACGCUGACUCUGAAAAAGGCGGGCAAGCUCUCCAGCUUCAAGGGUAACGACGUUGUGGACUUGACCGGCCCGGCCGUGUGGACAGACACCAUCAUGGACUACUUCAACGACGAGCGCUUCUUUGACAUGGAGCACAGCAAGGGAAAGAUUGACUAUCGCAACUUUACCGGCAUGGAGACGAGCAAGCGAGUGGGAGACGUUGUGGUUCUGCCCAUUACGAGCUUCUCGCCCGGUGUUGGCCAGAUGGGCGCCAAGGAUUACGAUGAUCCCAUGGCCUUUGUAAAACACGAUUUUGAGGGAACAUGGAAACCCGAAAGCGAAAGACAUAUCGGCGAAAUCCAACAGGAGCUUGGAGACCUGCAGCUGGUGGAAGACGGACAGCAAAUAUGA